CCGGGCGUGCGGAGCGGGCGGUUCCCGGCGGCGGCGUGGUGACGUGUCUGCGCCACAACCCGGCCCGGCCCCGGGGAGCGGCGCCUCCGCCACCGGUAGCGCCACGGCCACGGCCCGCGUCACCCGCCCGGCCUCGGCCCCGGCAGCAGCGGCGGCGGCACCACCACCCGGCGGCCGCGCCAUGUUCAACGUUGAGAGCCUGGAGCGGGCCGAACUGGGGGAGAGCCUGCUCACCUGGAUCCAGACUUUUAAUGUUGAGGCACCAUGCCAAACUGUGGAAGAUUUAACGAAUGGGGUUGUGAUGGCCCAGGUGCUUCAGAAAAUAGAUCCAACGUAUUUUGAUGAGAACUGGUUAAACAGAAUCAAAACUGAAGUAGGAGACAAUUGGCGGUUAAAGGUGAGCAACCUGAAGAAAAUUUUAAAAGGAAUACUGGAUUACAAUCAUGAGAUUUUAGGGCAGCAGAUUAAUGACUUCACCCUUCCUGAUGUUAACCUGAUUGGAGAGCACUCAGAUGCUGCAGAGCUUGGGAGAAUGCUUCAGCUUAUUUUGGGAUGUGCUGUGAAUUGUGAACAGAAACAAGAAUACAUCCAGACCAUUAUGAUGAUGGAGGAGUCAGUUCAGCAUGUAGUUAUGACAGCCAUUCAGGAGUUGAUGAGUAAAGAAUCACCAGUCUCUGUUGGAAAUGAUGCUUACGUUGACCUUGAUCGUCAGUUGAAGAAAAUAACAGAAGAAUUAAAUGAAGCCUUAGCAACAAAAGAAGAAAUUGCUCAGAGGUGCCAUGAAUUAGAUAUGCAGGUUGCAGCACUUCAAGAGGAGAAAAGUAGUUUACUAGCUGAGAACCAAAUCCUGAUGGAACGUUUGAAUCAGUCUGAUUCUAUUGAAGACCCCAACAGCCCUGCAGGACGUAGGCAUCUGCAACUACAAACACAAUUAGAACAGCUCCAAGAGGAAACCUUCAGAUUAGAGGCAGCCAAAGAUGAUUAUCGAAUACGUUGUGAAGAGCUAGAAAAGGAAAUUGCAGAAUUGCGACAGCAGAAUGAAGAGCUAACCACUUUAGCAGAAGAGGCUCAGUCAUUGAAGGAUGAAAUGGAUGUUCUCAGGCAUUCUUCUGAUAAAGUGGCCAAGUUGGAAAGCCAGGUAGAAUCAUACAAAAAGAAGCUGGAAGACCUGGGCGAUUUGCGGCGGCAAGUAAAACUCUUAGAGGAAAAGAACACUGUAUACAUGCAAAACAAUGUAAGCUUGGAAGAAGAGCUGAGGAAAGCCAAUGCAGCACGGAGCCAGUUGGAAACAUACAAGAGACAGGUAGUUGAACUACAAAACAGAUUAUCUGAAGAAUCAAAGAGAGCAGAUAAAUUAGAGUUUGAAUACAAAUUACUGAAAGAAAAAGUAGAUAGCCUGCAAAAAGAGAAAGAUAGGUUAAGAACAGAAAGAGAUUCCCUUAAAGAAACGAUUGAAGAGCUUCGGUGUGUGCAAGCACAAGAAGGGCAACUCACCACUUCAGGAUUGAUGCCCCUGGGAAGCCAGGAGUCUUCUGACAGUCUGGCAGCAGAAAUUGUUACUCCUGAAAUUAAGGAGAAACUCAUUCGUCUCCAACAUGAGAACAAAAUGCUAAAGCUUAACCAAGAAGGUUCUGACAAUGAAAAGAUUGCCUUGUUGCAGAGCCUGCUAGAUGAUGCAAAUCUGCGGAAAAAUGAACUGGAGACCGAGAACAGGCUAGUAAAUCAGAGACUUCUGGAAGUACAAUCCCAGGUUGAAGAACUGCAGAAAUCUGUGCAGGAACAAGGCUCAAAAGCUGAAGAUUCAAUUCUUCUGAAAAAGAAACUUGAAGAACACCUUGAAAAGCUCCAUGAAGCUAACAAUGAACUACAGAAGAAAAGAGCUAUUAUUGAAGAUUUGGAACCAAGAUAUAACAACAGCUCACUCAAAAUUGAAGAAUUACAGGAAGCAUUGCGGAAAAAAGAGGAAGAAAUGAAGCAAAUGGAGGAGCGAUACAAAAAGUACUUGGAAAAGGCUAAGAGUGUUAUCCGAACUUUAGAUCCUAAGCAGAACCAGGGUGCAGCUCCUGAGAUACAGGCUCUGAAGAAUCAACUGCAGGAACGUGACCGAAUGUUCCAUUCAUUAGAGAAAGAAUACGAGAAAACGAAGAGUCAAAGAGAAAUGGAGGAGAAGUUUAUUGUUAGUGCCUGGUACAAUAUGGGAAUGACUCUGCAUAAAAAAGCAGCAGAAGAUAGACUGGCUAGUACAGGCUCAGGACAGUCCUUCCUGGCUAGACAAAGGCAAGCCACCAGCACAAGGAGAUCGUACCCUGGGCACGUCCAGCCAGCUACAGCAAGGUAGAAAAACCUUGCCUUUAGAAAGGAAACUACCCUGUGAUCCAGGCAUACUUCUAAGUUGCACGUGACAACAUUUCAGGAAACUCAACCAGCAUCCUCUCUCUCUCUUUCUCUCUCUCUUUCUCUCUCUACCUUGUUACCACAGUUGUUCUUCAGUUCAGGAAGGGUUUCAGUAUGGUUUCUAAUUGUUUUAAUACCAUUUGCUCUUAUUUUUGGAGUCUUCCUCUCUCUCUCUCUCUCUCUCUUUGCCAUUUUAAAUUUGCCAAAAUUUUGAAAACAUCUAGAAGAGUUGCUGUAUAAUAAUGGAGUCUUUUUACUGUAUAUGUUGUCCUCAUCUCUUACCUAAAGCCUCACGUAGGUUGUUAUUGCAAACGUACAUUUCCUGUCACAAAUGGUAUAUUUGUGCCUACCUAUGUUACCAUUCUUUAUGAGAUGCUUUGUUUAAAGGGAAUUAGUUUCCUUUUGACUGUGUAGUAAUCUGUGGUUAAAAUCUCUGAAAACUGUUAACAGAAAUGCAGAAUUACUGUAUGAAGCUGUUGAAAACCAUGUUGGCUACAGAAAGACCUAGGCACUGGCAUUGGGGCCCCAUAGCAAUAGCCCAUGGCACCCAGUAGUGGAUGCUUCUGGUACAAAAAUGAGUUGGUCCUUUUAUGAGCAGAAGUCUGUCCUGUUUUUGGCACUUGGCAUCAUUUGGGAAGCGGGAUGAUUUGGGAGCCUCUUCUUUAGUUCAUCUUCCCCUAAAACGUUUCACAUCUGCUUUAUUUAUUCACCAGUAUCCUCUGCUGUUUGUUGUCAGAGGUGAUUGUUAUUCAGAUAUUUUUCCCCAAUCUUCUUUGUCAGGUUGAUCCAAAAAAAAAUUAGGAAAUAUUUGGAGUGGUUUAAUAUGCAGCUGCUUCAUCAGUGUAAAAGAAGGCAUUUAUUUUAAAGUGGUGUAAUUCUGUAACAAGACAUUCUGGACUGAAGCCCAGCUGAAUACUAUUGAUAUUACUGUGCUCAAAUUGUCAUCCACCACUAAAAAACUUACUUCUAAAACACUGAUUUGGAAGAUGAUUAUAUCAAUUGCCUUAUAAAUGGUAUCAGUGCCUUGAGGCAAGUUUGUUGCUGACUUUGUUGAAAACUGGAUUUGUCAUUUGUUGUACUAAUUUUUAACAGGUAGUUGUCUAAUUACAUGUCUCACCAUUUUUGUAACGUCUUCCCUUUGGUCAGUGAGACAAGUGACUGGCUUCCAUGGUUAAUGUUUGGUUAGGACUCAGUCUUGCAAAGUGCUGAGCACUUUUUGAAUGAUUCUGCUUACUCUAAGCCCACUAAUUUCUUGAUGAGUUGAAGUUCCUUAACCUAUAAUGCCUGUCAGUAUUGGACAUAAUAUAUUUACUCCUAGGGAAGCUUACUUAGUCUGUGUAUACCUUGUGACAACUUUACCUUAAGAGAGAAAAAAUCCUUGCCCUUCGUUGUGCAUACAAUCUAGUGUCUAAAUUUAAUUAUUUUUACUUUCAAUAAACCCCAUUAAAUAUAGCUUAUGUUAGUUCUUGUAAGUAUCCCAAGUUAUAUUUUAAUCUGAACUUUUGAUUGAAAACUAUCUGUUUAAAACUACUCCACAUUAAAAAUAUGCAUUAAAAUAUAUGCUUAAAAAUUUAUCUUGAUCUUGAUUUUUCCUACAGUACAAACACCCAUCAUAUAGAAAGAAUUGUUUUAUGAUGUUGUGUGUGGAGAGAUUAAAGAGUUUAUAGAUGUUGUCUGCCCUCUGUUCUAUGCCUGCAGGUAUAGGUAAGAGAGUUGUAUUCGUACUACAGCAGAUUCUUAUCCUCCCAAUAUAAAGGCAGUUUAGGACUCUCAUUAGCUCCAUAAACUAGUAUUUGUUUUGCUGUAUUUUGUGUUAAGAAACAAAAUGCUGAAGAAAAAUUUCAUGAGCUCCAUAUAACAAAACGAGUACAAAGUUUUUGCGAAGUCUUUUUAGUCUUUUGUAGAGGCCACACUGGUCAUCCUAACUUGUAAGUACUUUGCGUAAAGUAGCCAGUGUUAAUCAUUUUUAUAAGUAAAUUUAAUGUUUCUGAAUAAGGAAUACAACAUUCCUAGAAAGGAACCCAAGCAUAUUUCAAGCUAUAUUGCCAUUUUUGUCUGUCAGGCUCUUCCUUUCCAUUAUGAGCUGCCAAAAACUACUUGCAAAUGAAAAGAAUUCCAUAAUUUUUAAUAGGGAAGUUUUGUCUCCAAGUUUGUCUACUAAUUUAGUUAAAUAUGAAUCUAAAUAAGAAUUUGAAAGAUGCACAAAUACAGUCAUAUUUUCAGUGUGUUCUCAGCAUGGUCUUAAAAUGAACUCACUUGUGCUCGAUGAAAAAUAGCUUUCAAAAACCCUUUCUUGAAAUAAUUGCAUUUGCUUUAGUUUUAGGUGAAAUAUUAUGCGUUUUUUCCCUUAAAAAAUGAAAAGGUGAAUCUGAUGUGAGAGAUUUGAUUAAUAAUGACUUGAGACUGGUUCUGGACAGGCCUUGCAUGCUUCCCUGCAUGCUUCAGGACUGUGAACAAAGUUACUUUCCUGCUUAGUGCCUCUCCCAAAUAAAAUGGAGAUAUUUGGCACAGUCUAGUGUGUGAGCUCUGUGCAACACAAGGGGCAAACUCUGGUUGAGUCAAAAAUACCUCAACCACUUCUUUACCAAAAAGACUAACCCCUCACCAUCUUCCCUGAAAAAAAAAUUCAAGCAUAAAGUGUUAGACUAUUUUGGCAGCAGCUGUGUGCUGUUCUCAGGAAAUUUGAAGGCUUCCUAGAGAUCCUGGUUGGCUCUGGUGAGCCCUUGACACUGAAAUUCCUGUCAUUAGCAGAAGACAUUUUUUCACUGUCACGGAAGACAACAGAUGCUUGUCAGUGACUUUGACAAUGAAAAACUUCUUUUCUCAGGAGAAGAAACGGAAAGCAACAUCAUUCUGGGAGACUUCUCAGGUAUCAACUCUCUGGAGAAGUGUGUUCCUUAGUAUUUUUUGUGAACUGCAUGAAGCAGAAUACCAAACGAGUCAGCCCUCAUGGCUGCUAUAUUUUUUUUAAUUAAUUUUGACUAGCAAUUAAUGGAUCAAGAAACCCUGCCAAGAGGCAUUCCUCUUGUGUCCAGAACAGUGGAGUUGUCUUUUCAGCCACGCCAGUCUCACAGACUUUAAGCCUGGCAUGGUGAUUCUCCAGAGCUCUCUUCUCUGCAACCAGCUCUACCAUAGUAUCUGGAGAGUUUGUUUUUUCUCAUUUUGCUUUACUUGACUUCAUGUUUCCUUUGGAGAUUGUGGAACAGGAGGGUCGUUUUUAAAAUGUACCUGCUCAUUAAAUUGGACAGAUGGCAACACGUGACCAACAAAAGCACACUAAAGCUCAACUAAAAGUAAUAUGCAUUUUUUCCCAAACUGCACAAGCCGCCAGGAUGUCAAAUUAACAGUGAACAACAGAUUCAAGGCAGCUUGUCAAACUAAUCCAAACACAGCUGACAUCAGAAAAAGCUCAUCGUAAAUGCUCUAGGUGAAAUCCUGAACCUACUGAAGGCAAUGGGCGUUUGCUAUUGAUCCCAUUGGAACCAGGAGUUCACCUUCUGUUGGUAAAUGCUUGUUCAAGUAAUGCAGUUGCUCCAAAGUGGUUCUGUAGCCCGGUUGCUGCUGACAGAAAGUCAGUGACCUGUGUCACUGCUUGUUGUGUAUGCGAAGCCACUUAGAGAAUUGAAGAAGAUAGCACAGCUCCCUGGAGAGUUGCUAGUACUACAUGCUGAUACCAGUAUUUGAAGCUAUUUGAUUACUGUGAUCCCAGUAAUCUUGGCUUGCUGCUGAGCUGGUUGUCUAAGAUGUCAGAGAGGCAGCAAUGUAGAGCACUGCCCAGACAAAAUGGAAGUACUGGGGACUAAAACAGGACUUCAAAAACACGUCUCCUUUGUAGCAACAGCACGUAUUGUUAAGCAUAGACAUGUUCUUCAGUGAAGGACUGGAGCAACUUUUGAACAAGAGCAGAAGGUGAAAGCUCAGGUUUCAAGUAGAUGUGAAAUGCCUGGUUUCGUCUUCUGAACAGUGAAAAAUGUGCCCUUUGCACUGAUUUUUGCUUUUACAUUGCCAUUCUUAUAGCCAUUAUUGGACAUACUCUCACUCAACAGAUUUGGAGCCACUUCCUUGCAGGAAUGAGUGUUGCACAGUUCAAGGCGCUUGCCUAUCAUUUAUCUGCAGAGCCUUGUUCAUUUCUCAUCACUAUGAAGACCCAUUGAAAACAUGACAUGGUUAGAAAUGAUCGCAAUCUUGAAUCUGAUAUUGCAGCAAAUAUUUUUACAAGUAUAUAGAAGCUGCAAAGAGUAAUACAUGCAAUGUGGCACAGAGAGUGCAAAUGUAGCUCGAAUCCUUUGCAGUGGAAUAUUUUUAGGAAAAUAAAAAAAUAAUAAUAAUCACUGUCAUCAGCAAAUUAAGUUACCCUCCCAAACAAAAUGUAUGAAGGUUUCAUGAAAUUGUGAAGUAAAUAUUAAUGCUACUUCUUCUCACCAUGGCACAGUUCAGAUUCCAACUAAUAUGCUGUGUGCUGUUCUGACUCGGUAUCAGCCAGAAACAUGUUAAACUGAAGGAGUUUCAAAAAAGACCAAAGAAAAGGUUGGGGAGGGAUUUUCUUAGCUAAAAGAUAGAAGGAACUACACAUCUACUUUGCUUUAAUGAUAACUUAUAAAUGGGGCUUGAAUUAAGAAAAAAAAACAUGGGUAGAUGCAUCCAACAUUGCUGAUCAUGACUAGAUAGCAAAGAUUGGGGGGAAGGGCUGUGGGCCAUCUUUUCUUCCCAAUUGAUGCUGCAGCUGAGGUGGACAAUAGAUAUAAAAACCACAGAGAUGGAUAUAGUAUAAGGAGAGUUAGAUACAGAGUUAAAUAGAGCAAUGGAAAACUCCAUGCUGGAUGUCUGUGGGGGAUUUCUCUCUAUGGAUCAGCCCCCAGGGAAGGUGUGAAAUACUGUCACCUCAGUUAUUUGAAACUAGACUGUGGGGUUGGCGAGGGAGGUGGAGGAGAGACCUGGAUGUGGAAAGGGAAGUGAAUCUUCUCUCUAGGUAGAUCCCUCAGCUGGGGUAUCUUGUCAAUACUCUGAUGAAGUCACUGGAGCAAUGACCGCUUACACCAGCUGCAGAACUGCCCCUCUAUAUUGCAUUUAUUCCAGUUUAUGAAAUGAUCCUGUAGUAGCAGGUGGUUUCUAAUUUUUUUGCAGAGGGGGUGGGGGAGGAACCUCUGCUGUUACAAUGUUUCCUGGAAGAAUAAUAGGUUCUUUUCCAGUAUUGCCAUAGGAACUUUUCUUGUCAGAAGGGCACUUAAAGCCUUCCUUGUAGAAUCAUAGGGCAUUUGCUACAUCCUGAAAAGAGUCCUAUCCAGAUUUGCAGAAUCAGGGAAGUUUUUGAAGGUCUUUCACUAACAAGUUCAAGGGUAAAUUUUCACAUCUGUUCUAUUAAAUUAUGUUAGCUGUGGACUUCAUCCGUUCUCUUGUACAAGCAUCUCACAUGCAGGGGAGAGCAAAGAACAGGCUCUGCUUAUUUAAACCAACCUAUGCAAUCUUACUUAACUUGACUGUUUAAAAUUUUCAGGAGUGCUGGUUGUAGCUGUGUUGGUCUAAGGACAUAGGCAGACAAGGUUUGUUGGGUAAAUGCAAUAUCUUUUAUUAGGCCAACAAUUUUUACAACUAUUUACUUGGUCUAAUCACAUAUACCCAAAAAAACUUGUCCGCUUAAAAUUUUCAGGACUAAAUUUUUCUGUUAUUAUUUCCAAACAUUGCAUCACUUUGUGCAUGCUCACUUAGCAGCGCUGGAGUGAAUAAUGCACACAAAGCAAUUCUGCAUCGCUCCAUAUAGGUUUUAUUAGGAUUAUGCUUUGUGUGUGUUCAUUUUAUGCAUUUUUUUAUUACACUUCACCAGAUACAACCUCUUCUCUCUAGGUGUGGAGGGCAAGGAUGAAAAAGAAGGGCAGACAACAGUAAAGCCAGUUUGGGGUUUGGAAGGGUACUAUUAUUUAUCUGUAAUCAACUUGAGUUAAACAGUUUACUUUUGGCUUCUGCAGAAUUAAAUCAUCAAUCAGAUACAGACAUGUUUAGUUCUAAAUUUUGCAAGUAUUAUCUUAAUGUAAUAUUUUCUCUAGUAAAUUUAAUCCAGUAUCUCUUGCCACAAGACAUGUUUAGAAUUGACUAUGAAUAGGGGGAGCAAGAUGAAAAGUCAUGGGAUGCGAAGUCCUUCCAAUGAAACCAUUUUUCUCCUUACACUGUGAUGGAAAUAUUCUGGAAUUUCUUAGUCCUGUGUAUUUUCUCAGGAAGAAUUCAAUUUGAUUUUUUUAAGAAGGUUUUGAGAUGCCCAAAGGCUGUCAAUAUAAAAUGAAUGCAAGACUGCUAUGCAGUUAGGCAUCAGACACAACUGUUUAAUACUGAACCCCCUAAUCAUGGAGGCUGCUGACAGACACGGGGGAAAAACUAAACAAAACACUGCUUUACUGGAAGAGGCAUUGUGUCAGUUUGAUCUGCCUCCCCAGUAUCUGUAUAGAUCGGGUGCUUCAGCAGAACUUUUUGGUGCUUUUAUCUAAUAACUGAUUCAAUCAGCUAUCAGAUAAAAACACCAAAAAACCCCACUGAAGUACCCAGUCUAUACCGAUGUUGGGCAAGCUGGGUCAUACUAAUGCAAAGUCUCUUCUGGGUAUGUGUUGCACUUGGUGCAGGGGUGCACCAAGCUGAAAGUAAAGUACUGGUUAUUUUUUUUCACGUCUGUAAGCAGCCUAAUAUUUUUAUCUUGUGACCAGUGUUUAAAAAUUUCUCACAUAUCAGAACUGUUGAGAGGACAACUCCCAUUGCCUUUCUGGUUGAUUAAAACUCCUAAUAUUGGAGAGGCACCUUUUCCUUCAGGAAAUGUGUUUAAAUGACUGCUUACAGGCAGCAGGAAUGAGUGAGGCAUGUGGAGGCUAAUUUUUGUAUAAUUUUGUGCACCGUGUAUGGUUUAGGAGGCAUUCUGAGCAAGACGUUGGGUUAAGUCAUUCGGUCUGGUGUUGAAGUUUGGAUUUGUCUUAGUUCGGACAUCCUACAAGAAUCACGUUUGUUCCUUUGUUCAGUGCUUAGCAUAUUAUUCGUUCUGUUGAUUCUUCUAGUUACCUUAAGAAACUUGUAGUUGAAACCCAAAAGGAAAUGUUUCCCUAGAGCCAGCAGAACUGCAGCUAGAGACAGGCUUGCUUUUAAACUGCUUUGAAAAUACCUGUUCUGUUCUCAUAUUAUAACAGUAAUGAAAUGUUUGCUGCUUUUUAACUUUCUUCUUUUAUUUUUUAUUUGCAGUGAUGUGAUUGCAUGACCUGCAGCAUUAUUUAUCAAACAGGGACUGUUCAGUGCAUGACUUGCUUUUCUGUCCAGACUGCAUAACCCAAACUUAACCAGUUCCACCACUUAAGACUCAUGGGCAUCUGAUUGCAAAGAGAGAGAUCCACUUGCAAAGAAGCUUGCCAUCCAGGGGAGUAGUUUUGCUGUCUCCCUCUUCUUCCCUUCCUUCCCCAAAGAAAGUCUCCUUGUGAGACUGGUGGAGGAAAAAAACCCAGUAUUCAGAAGUUCAGAGAAGGCAUUUGGCACAUUGAUGUAGCCCUUUCAGCGCUCCAUUUUACUUUCAGUCUAUCCACUUUCACUACUUAUUUCUGAUUAACAGUAUUAACAUAUAAACUUCCUGCAAUGCUUUUUCCUGUGCUGCGCUAUAAAACAUGUAGUCUUAAUGAGGUCAUAAAUGCACUUUUCAAUUACUGUUGCCAUUUUAAAGCACCUGGGCCUUUAAAAUGAUCACUUUGGGUUUUUUAAAACAUUCAAAUAAAGCCAAGAAAAUUUCUCCCAAGAGAAAAUGCUUUUGAAGUGGUUCUUAGCCAACCCAUGUUUCAAGCAAAGUUCCUCUGAUAAAUGCCACACCCCAUGAAGCUAUCAUGCAAUAUUUUAUUUACAAAUGUUGCCUACUUAAUGUAUAUACACAGUAGUUUGUGGCUGUUGUAUUUUUUCUCUACAUUUUAGGUGUGUUGUCAGUUUCUUUCAGAAAUGUUUUUCUUUGUGUACAAUUGUCAAACAAAUUUAGAAAGGAACAUGAAUGGAGGUAACUAAUAGAGAAGCAGUCGACACUUUCUGACUCUCAGUAUUAUGCAAAAUGUCCUUGCCAGCUUAUUAUUUGCAUUAUUUAUACUUUACCUGUACUGUUUGUUCUUAUCCCAGUCUUAGUUAUUUCAUUUCCAAAUUGCACUAGCAUGCCUGUUGUUGGUUUUUUUUCGGGUUUUUUUGUACCAUGAAAUAUUGCUCUAAGAUUUGCAGUAUAUAGACAGUAUAACUCAAAAUGCUUUGUUCUGCCAAUAUUAAUUUAAAAUGCUCUUUAUUUAAAGUUUAAAAUUUCCGCACAUUUGUACUACUGUAUUUUCAUUUUGUAUGUGGAUGAACAGUACCAGCAAGAUACAAAACAUGAGGAAAUGCAUUUGUGAAAUACUCUCGAAUGCUAGGUUAAUUUGUUUACUGUCUAACCUCCCAGAGGUAGGGGCUGGCUUUCAAGCCAUAGAAUUUGCCAAAAGGUCUCAAGAGAACUUGCAGUACUGUAACACUGUUGGGAGGGAGCAGAAGUCCUAUUCUAGAGUGACCCCAGCUUCAGGUUCAUCAAGGACCUUGGCCCACAUGCUGCCCCUGGUAUUCAUGUGCAAGUCCCAGGCAACCCUAGGAGUUGGUGCACGCUGGGUGUGCACAGUCAUGGGGCAGACACUUGAGCAAGCCUGCAUCUGCUGUGGGAAUAUUGAGGUAAAAAGGGACUCGGAAGAUGUCACUCUGCUGCCAUUCCUCUGUGGCACAUGUCCUUGCUUCUGCCCCAAUAGCAGUUUUCCAUUGUCCUGUGGCAGAAGAGUCAGGCAUAAAGUCCCAUACUGUGUUCCUUGCUCUCUGUUGCUGGGGGAGAGGUAGUAGCCUGGCUCCCGCUGCCCAUCCCCACUCUUGAAUGCCCCACCUGAAGUUCCUGAAUCCUGGGGGCUUUGGCUGAUGCCAGCCCAAGUUGCCUAGCCAGGAAGAACUGUCACCAUUGUCACUGAGAAGAUGGAGACAUGCCCCUCACAACUCUCCCAGCCUCAAAGUGCAGCUAAGCCAGACUGCAGCUGGAGGGAGAGGUCAGGACAUGGGGUAUGGACAACACCACUUAGCUAUUCUGUUGGGGGAGCGAUGGGGGUGUUCUGGCCUCGGGGAUCUGGUCAUAAUAGACAGCAGUGCUGGGUCUGGCAGUUCUGGAAAGAUGCAGUGAAUAGUCCCUUGAUCCUAGUAUAUGACCUUUAAGUCUUAACCAUGGUUCUCUUGGUAAGUGUUUAGGUCUGACUGUGUAGACAUGCCUGCUUUCCUCACUGCAGCAGGAUGUGUGAGCAGUAGGUGGAGGGGUCAUGUGUAGUCUGUUGGAGUAACAGCUGUAUAGGUGUAUGGGCACUGUUCCUCAUUCCUGCAGUCUGGCUGUGCAAAUCAAAAGUUGCUCAUCAGAGUUGCUUUCCAGGCCCCAGGCAUUUUGAUCUCUUUCUCAAAAGUGUCUAGCUUGACAUUGCUGUUUGAGUCCCUUAAUUCCAAUAGAGAAGUGUCAGAUUAAACUGGUAACUUCCAGUAAACAUGCUGACUGUUCAUUUUAAUUAAGUUAUCUAAGUAUCUUUAUCAUGGAGUGACUGCAGAUUUCUGUCAGACCUAAGUGAUCUCAAGCAUGUUUCCAGUAUACUAACUUAAUGUGUGCUGCGUAGGAGACUUUUCUUUCUCAGUAGCAGCUUGUUUGACUGUCCUAAAUUAGGUGUUGACCAGUUACCAAAAUAACUGUUUGUGAAAUUGCCAGUGAUAUAUUUUCUGUAAGAGAUGGAUUUCUAGAGUGUCAAAGCAUUCAUUUCCCUUUUUCAGUUCACCUAUGAAUUCUUAUUCUGUAACUACCAGAUUGUCAUGGUAGUGGUAUUAAUAUACAUAUCUGUAUAUAGACAAAAAGAUACAAGGUAAUGGUCAUUAGAAAUGAAAUGUUUAAUAAUGCUUUUUUUCCCAGUCAAAAACAAUAAUGCUUCCAAGGCUACAGAAAAGUGUACAGUUGUUAAACAAGUUGUAAAUAAAGGCUUAUAUAAAAUUUAAA